UGCACAUCGUUGCCAUGCAACAUCAAGUUGUUUGUUACAGAAUGACCGAGACGAGCAAGGUGCACGAAUGGACGAGCAAUCGGCAGAAGAGACGGCAUUUGUUGUGGAUGAUGUCAGCAAUAUUAUCAAAGAUGCAGUGGAAAGCACGAUAGGGAGCAAUGCAUACCAGCACAACAGGGUUAACCAGUGGACAUCCAGUGUGGUGGAAACAAGCCUCAACCAGCUCACCAAACUGGGCAAACCUUUCAAAUACAUUGUGACCUGUGUUAUUCUACAGAAGAAUGGGGCUGGUUUGCAUACAGCAAGUUCCUGCUUCUGGGACAACACUGUUGAUGGAAGCUGUACAGUGAGGUGGGAGAACAAGACCAUGUACUGCAUUGUCAGCAUCUUUGGGCUGGCCCUUUAAACACUGUGCCAAACUACGGAUCUCUGUCUAAAAUGUAAAAAAAAUAAAAAAUAAAAAAAAUAAAAAACCCUAGUUCUCCCUUUAAACUCUGAUCAAGUCAAGCUGGAGUAAAUUAGCAGGGACCAAUGUGUAGUAAACUGAUGGAUGUGGUUGCAGAUUUACACUACUGAACUGGAUGCCAUUUAGGGAUUGCUAUAAUAUUAUGCUAUUGUGCCAACUUUAUUUUAACUAAAUACCAGUAGCUUGACUUUAAAACCUGAUUAUGGUCAUUUUGUUAAUCGUGUAUAAAAAUCCUGUCAAUCAUCAAAAAUGCUCCAUUUACUGUUUCACAGACAAAAAUGUCAUAUCACAUUAGCACAAUAUCUGAAAAACAAGCCUCACGCAUGUGAAAUGCUGUAACUUAAUGUGCCAAGAAGUAGUUCUUCAUGAGACGGACAGAUCCAGCCACACAAGAACAUUGCAUAUUUCUUGUAUUUUACAGAAUGAAUAAAAAUCAGUGAGCUGUAUUCUCACAAUUUGCUGAAGAUCUACUUUUUUUUUUUUUGCUAAAUCGGAAUUUUAAAACUGCACGUAAACGUAAAGAUUGUUUUCCUGGAACAGCACAUCUUCUGUCUGGCAAUUAUAAAGUUAGUGAAAGAAACAGGGUUCACUAGAGAGCCUUCCCUUUAAAUGAAUGUUAACUGUCACUGCUUUCAAUGUAAAAUCCACACCUGUUUAAACCACAGAUACUUAGUAAUGUAUCUGUGGUAUACUUACUUUUUUUUUUCUUUUAACAGAAACUAACGGCAGAGUUAAGAUCCACAUUAAUAUGAACAAAACACAACUUGUGAAUGCUCAAUCAACCUUUUCACUGCAAGUGUUUUUCUCCUCUGAAUACAAAAUAUAAGUAAACUACAGGGUACAAGCCAAGACCUUUACAUUGGACUCCUAUUACCUCAUACUGCAUGUUACUAUAAAUACUCAACCAAGCAGCAGAAUCUAAGAUUUCCAGUGGAUGUUCAGGGUGGAUCCAGCUUUAGAUAAAAUCGUGGUUUAGCGCACAUGUUAACGUGGAAAUUGAGCCAUGACUUUAAGAGAGGUUAAAUACUGUGUCUUUUUCUGCUACUGGAUGCAAAAACAUUAAUCCUUCAAUCCUUCCAUUAAUUGUUUGUACCCAAAACACUUCAAACUUUACUUAAUAUUUUUGCAACACCCAUUUUCUUUUGAUUAAAGAAAAAAAAAAUCAAUUAAAAAAAAAUAUAUCUAUAGAACAGAAUUAUAGUUUUGUGAA